AUGCACUACAAAACGCAUAACACCUGGAUUAAGUGGGCCAUGACGAAGGCGAGAUGGAUUCUGAGCAAGGUGACACAUGCAUUCCGCAGGUCCGGAGCGCAACAACUCCAUGACGACGGUUGCUCCGACAACGAUAUCGGCACUCUGGACGGAUGGGCGCAGGGGGAGUUGUGGAGGUGCUAUGUGUUCGGCAUUCCGUUCAAGCCGGUUUGGCUGCUGGCAGGAUUCAGCGGGGAUCGUGGAGACUACUACAUCGGCAGAGCCCGCGCCAAGCUUCCGCGGCAUAAGGAUAAGGAGAAGGAUGAGUGGUUGCAGCUCUUGGAUCUCUUGAGGCUUCACAUUUUCCCCUGGGUCGAAAAGGAAAAGAAGAUGCAGAAGAUGCACCUCACCGCCAAUAUGCUCAGGGAGGAGCUUGGGAUUUUGAGAGGACGUGAAAUGCAGUUGGCGAUGGAGAACGCUGAACUGAGGGAGAAACUCGCCGCUGAGCGAGAGGACAAGGCUCGGGUCAUUGUAGAGUUCGAAGCAUACAAGAGGUCUGUUGCGGCCAGGGAUGACGCGGCAAACACCUCUGCAGAGAUCGACGGAUCGUCGAAGAGCGCGGGAACAGGAGCAAACCAGGCAACGGACGCAUCCAAAGCACCAGUUGCCGUGGAAGAAUUCUUCGUCGUGGUCGUUGUGUCUUGGCGCGAAGCCACCACUGUUGCUGCUGCCUGGAAAGUGUGGGUGCAGCCAAGCCUCAUCAUGGGGGGCAGGUCACUGCGCGAAGUCUUUGCAGAGUUCGACCGGAAUAAGAAGAAGAACAAGAAUUCCAGCUUCAUCACCGCAUAUUCCCGGUUCGCUGACAAAGGUACGCCCGGGAUGGCUGUGGGUGCAUGCGAGCGAAAGAUGCGUUGCGUGCAUCGUGUCAUGGUUUCCGUGGAGACGCUAAGAAAAGACAGCUCCGAGGCGGCGACCGCAACGGCCAUUAAGCUGCUGGACGAGGCUUUACUCGUGUGCAAUUUCACGGAAUUCACCAACGGCCUGGCGGUGCUCCAUGAGACUCCGCCCAUCAAGAAACAGAAGACCGGUUCGUCGACGGAAAAGAGGACCGUCAACGACUUGGCGCAACGCAGAGUGGGCUGGCUGUUAGUCAAGAAGGGCCUUCGCAACCAGGAGUGGGCAACUUCGCUGUUUGGGGAUGAUGAGUGGGAGGAGAUCCACAAGGAACACAUGGCGCAGGAGAAGGUGGAAGAGGAGAAACAACGAACCGCUGCGGCGAAGAAGGCGGAACAGGAAAAGGCGAAGGGCGAAGCGUCGAAACGCUAG